GAAUUGUAGUUGCAUUAAGUGCGUACAAAAUAGGCAUUAUUGUGUAAAUGACGGGCAACGAUUAUCCUGACAUUGACACUCUGUGUCGCUUGUGCCUAAAGAAGUACAACAAAGCCUUCCCCAUCUUUAACGAUGAUAAUUCACAACUGUCCAUACCAAUGCGAAUAAUAACUUGUCUUUCUGUGGAAGCGAAGAUUACGGAUGGCAUGCCACAAAAAAUAUGUGCGGACUGUCGCUACAAUUUGGAAAUGUGCUACCUUUUUCGUCAGCGUAGUCAGAUGUCUGACAAAAAGUUGCGCAAACACAUUCGGCUGCUCGGGCUGGGCAAGAAAAGUCGCGUCUUCGACAAAUCCGUGGAAGACUACGAUGAGGAUGAACUCGAAUUCGAGGAUUCCGAGGCUUUUUUAAAGGCACAAAGGGAAGUACGCCGAGACGAGUGGCAGGAUAAAUACAAAUUGAAAACGGAAGAGGACUUCAAGAAACGUUUGGACGCUUUGAAGGUUGACAUGCGUGUGGAAAUAACAGAGCUGGUGCGUCAGGAACUACGCGAGGAGGUGCGUGCCGAUGUGCACCGCGAGUUGCUUGAUAAGAUGCAGGAAGAGGUUCGCAAGGUUCAAAUAGCCAAACUUGUCGGAGAGUUGGAGAUCUUUUUGAAUGAAAAGAAAGCGGGUUCUUGGGAGCUAGUGGAUGAGAUACCUACAGAGUCCAAGGAGCCAACAGUACCAGUACCACACAUGGUAGAAAUAGCACCUCCAACAAAAACAGAAUCCGUUACAGAAACAGAAACGCACUCCCUAGCACGUAAACGAAAUCGUCGUUGCACCGCAAUACCGAAGACAGUGCAGCGGAAGUCUCGUGUAAAAAAGGAUAUGCUUGAAAACAGUGAUUUAGAAUUUCUGCCAGAGAAUGAGGCAGAACCAGAACAUGUAGAAGAUGUAGCCCCGAAUGUAUUGGACGGGGUGCCAGAGAAAGAGAAUAAUGUGCGAAUAUUUGGCUCUGAUGGCGAAAUUUAUAUUAUUAAGAGCACCGUAGAAGACAAGACACCGGAGUCCACUAAAGAAUACCACCUGGAGCCGACAAACAAGAGUAUUACAUCCUAUAAUAUCAAGGAUAAUGGCGACAUACAAUUCAGCAGUGACAAAGACGCGGAGGUCCAAAAUGUUGUCGUGUUAAACCUAGAUGCCGACAUUAGUGAUGAUUUGCAGCUCUCCGACUUGGAAGACAAUGUCUAUAUCUUGCCUGAUAUGAAAGUCGACUCGGCCACGGUUCACGAACUGCCAGCAAAACGCACGCGUCGCGAUUUUGUGGUCAAGCAGAACAGUAAGCAGAUAGCUGCAGAGCCCGUUAAUAAAGCUGGACGUACCACAGACACCAUCAAGAGUUUUCAAUGUCAGAUGUGUCCCACUGAAUUUGCUACUGAGAAGUCGUGGCUUCGACACCUUAACAUACACGUUAAAAACGCGAAGGGCGGCCGAGGCUAUAAGUGCUCGGUUUGCGGCCUCCAAGUGUCCUGUGGCAGUUCCCUCAAACGUCACCUGCUCAUACACACUGGAGUCAAGCCGCACAAAUGCAAGGAGUGUGGCCAAUCCUUUGUACAGCGUGAGGUCUUAAAACGGCAUAUGGACACUCACACAGGCGAGAAACGACAUCAGUGUCCGCAUUGUUCGAUUCGGUUUGCACAAAAAACGAAUCUGCGACAGCACAUACAAAAGCUACACCUGAAGAAACCAAAUAUGCAUAAAUGCCACCUCUGUCCGAGCAGUUUUAGCCAUGCUUCUGGUCUGAGUCGCCACCUCUCGACGCACGCGGGCGUUAUGUUCGCCUGCAAGGAGUGUGGACGUGAGUUCAGCGAUCACAGUUCCGUUUCACGGCAUGUGCAGAAUGUGCACAAUAUUAAGAAUAAAGUGAUUGACGGAUACGUGUCGGAGGCCGAGACAGCCUCCUCUAAGUAGCCAUAGCAACAAGAUUUUAGAAAACUGUAUUAAUGUAAUUACUCAAUUUAUUCUAAGCGCCACUUAUAUUUUCUCAGAUUUUCUAUUCUCUCAGAUCUGAGGUUUUAGUUAAUCAGUUGUUCAUAUAUGUAAUUAUAUAGAAUAAUUUGGAACAAUAAAUAUUAUAUUUUCUAUAAUAAAUACCAAUUAAUAUGGAAUCGCAGAGUUUUUG